GUGCACUGCGCACUCGAUCAAUAAAUGAGGAGCGAAACCACGGGGUUUUACUCAGUGAUUUUGCGCCUCGGUAUUUACAAUAAAACGCCUGCGCAAAUUUUAUUGUGAAAAUAUAAAAAGUAAACUUGUGAGAUUUAUCACAUGGAUAAAUAAAAGUAUUCAAAGAGACGUGUUAGCAUCGCGCAUCCGCCACCCAGCAGGAGAGCACAAUCCGACACCCGUCUCGCUGAGUAUUAACAGCAUACACCAGUACUCUACAGUACACUAGGACAGUGACAGUCAGUUUCCUUACCCCCAAGUGCUUCGUUUUACGCUCAAUCAGCUAAAAAAUUGUCGCUUACUUAGUUCAGAAUUAAAAGUAUAGUUAUAGAAGUAGUUUGUUGUGUUUUAUCGCUGGGAGUUAAGGAAAAUUUUGAUUAAUUAAAGUUGGAUCUAUUGAUCCCACGGUUUUUAAUCAGCAUCUGCAGCGAUAGAGCUCUACAGACCAAAAAACGACUUAUGCGUCUACGAGCAGAAACAUUCAGGAUAUCAUCCAGAGGGAAAGGAUCCAGUAGUAAAGGCGGCGGUGGCAGGACACUGUCCAGACGUAAAAUUGACAGCAAAAUUAUAGCAAAAACUAAUUUAAUUAGUUCAGUUGUUGGUGAGUCAUUAUCUACACCAUCGCUGUUAUCAUCGCAAUUAUCAUUGCGACUAACGGGAUCAUCAGGAGCGUCGUCAUCGGUAGGAGUAAGGUGGUGUGCUGAUAAAAUUACUGUAAACAAGAGAUACGGACCAGCAGCGUGUAUGAUCAUUGAAAACUAUCCCCCUCUGCCCACAAGAUCGCGGCAUAAUACCAAUCAAGAUACCACCCAACGUUUAUUGAACCAUCUAGUCCUGCCUAAGCACAGAUCCUCAAAAUUUUCCAGUAACAGGCAUCGAAAGCUUUACCAGCCGUUUAGGGAGACGUGACUGUC